GACCAUAUCUCAUAUGAUCUGAGUGAGAAGAGGUAUAAAAGUGCGUGCGUUGGUUACCAUUUGGCUCGGACCGUAUUCGGCUCGCGUCCGUUUGAAAGUGUUUUUUCCUCGCCCCCGGCGUCCAACGCAAUCUCCUGCCCAGGAGGCUGCAUCGGUGUUCGACCCGCAGCAGGAAGAGAGACAUCCCGGAGGAAAAGAAAGGCCCUAGAGCCGGAGGAGGAGACGGACUGUUAUACCGGGGCUGUAGUGCGCCGUUCCGUGCCCAGGUGGCUCUGAUUUUCACGAAUAGCAAAUUUCCCAGAGGAAAAACGUCGGAUUUUCCACCCUCAGAGCCGUGGGGAAAAUUUUCCGAGUCUGUUUUACUCAAGGGUUUUAUUUUUCUAUCCGUCCGGGGCCCGGGCGUCGUCGUCCGUUUGUCCCGCGUCGAAAUGAAAACGGUGAAUACCGUAAACAGUGAAGAAUGGCGGAUUGGUAAACCAGGCCUUCACAGCAUCCUUUGAGUCGCGUUACGUACACAGUGCACGUGUUGUCCUAGCGUUCACGCAUCUGAAAGAAACCAAAGAGAAAAAAGAGAGAGGGACGCGGAAGGAAGGAUGAACAGCGGGUCGUGCUACCGUUGUAACCGCUCAGGCCACUACGCCAGGGAUUGCCCUCAGUCGGGAGACCGGGAACGUGGAGGAUUCAGGAGCAAGGAGAAAUGUUACAAGUGUAACAGAUUCGGCCACUUCGCCAGGGACUGCAAGGAGGACCAGGACCGGUGCUACCGCUGCAACGGCGUCGGUCACAUCGCCAGGGAAUGUCAACAGAACCCGGACGAGCCGUCCUGCUACACGUGCAACAAGACCGGUCACAUGGCCAGGGAUUGUCCCGAGCAGAGGGAGAACUCACGCGGCGGAGGCGCCUGCUACACUUGCAACAAACAGGGACAUGUCGCCAGGGAUUGUCCCGAAUCCGUCAGGUCCUGCUAUUCUUGCGGUAAGGCCGGACACAUCAGCCGCGAAUGCAAUAAAAACAGCACCGGCUGAAAUAAAAUAAUAUUACGUUAAAGAUUUAUCAAGAAGGAAGAUUUUGAGAAGAGAAAAAAACUUAAAAAAAACCAUUAAAAAAAAAACCAACACCUUUUUAAAAAUUAAACCUUCCAGUAAUUACACAUUUCGUUGAAUUUAUAAUUAAAAGCAAUUUUCUUUUGUA